CAGGGUCACGUGGGCCACAGCAGUGGGCUUUCCUGAUGGCUCCGCACCACAUGAGGCACCUGUCAGAGAAGGUGCCGAGGGACUCACUCACACAGCAGGACCAGUUUUGUGCGGGUGCAUACUGCUCCUUUUAUGGACGAAGAAGGAGCCCCUUGGGAUGGGCCUGUGUGCACUUGUGGUUGGGGAGCUUGGGGGACUUUGCAGGCCUCCCUACCAAGCCUGCCCAACAUUGUCUUGUCCUUGGCGUCCAAGGGCCCUAUUUUCCCGGCUCCUGCAGCGCUUUCUCUAGGGCCUUGGUUGCAGGUAGCGGCCGCCCAAGGCUGCCCAAAGUCCAGGUGUCCCCUUGCUCCUGACACCUGGUGGGUGGGGAGGUGGCCAGGUCAUGGGAUCAGCCAUCAGCUGAGAGCCCUUUCCCUUCCCCACCCUACACUAACGGGCAUGGGCGGAGCUGGCCUGGGGGCUGCCCUCUGGUCCCCUACAAUCCCUUGUUGGACCAGGUUGAAGCAAAUUCUUGUUCUUAUGGCUUGACCUGCUGGCCUUGCCUGACCAAACCGGAACCAGCCAGCUAUUGCCUUUGGGCCAGGGCCUGGGGUUGAGGCUACUGCAACCAGCUUGUUCUUGCCUUCUGGGGGGCCUCAGGCAGCGCCCAGCCCUGGGUGGUCCCCACAGGACAGGGCUGCCAGGCCUGGAGAGCUGGAGGUCAGGCCAGGAGCCCUCCAAUUGUGGGGCCACCCAAGGGCUGGCCCUGAGCUAGGAGUCCCUGUGGGACACAGGCUACCAUGGAUACUUGUGGGGGACAACUGGGUCCCUGUGGCUGGCGGAACAUCCCUUCUCUGGGGUGUACUGGGCCUGGGGGCUGGCUCAAUGUGGGAUGGCAGCGUUGGGCUUGGCUGGCGAACCAGGGAAUGGUGUGGCCAGAUUGGGCAGCUGGGGCCCGAAUCUAGGCCAUGCGUCUGUAGAAUGACAAGCGAUGGCGCAGACAGCCUACUGGGCCUGGGCAUGGUCUGCCCAGCAGGGCCACACACCCUGUCCUGAGCCCCAGCCUGGCUGCCCCCAUAGCCAGCAACUUCUGGCCUUGGCAGGGAAGCUCAGGGGACGAUCAUCCAUCCUUGUGGGUGGUGUCCCUGGGUCUCAGACUUUGGGCCUCUUGGAAGCUGGGGAGCCCAGGGCAGAGGACAGACUUAGGCCUACCUUGGGAAUGAGCUUGCACCCCAACUCCUUACCACCUUGGCUCAGCUUUGCCCCUCUUGCCUAGUGCCUGCAGUGUCCUCAGCUUGGGUCACUGUCACAGAUGGGUGAACAGGAAGGAGUCUACCACCAACCACUUGGGGUCCUCCUGUGGGCUUCUCACCCUUGGUCUGAGUCCCAGGGCUCAGACUGGGUCCCAAUGACUGUGUGGCACAGAUGUACCCUAACCAGAGCCCCUGGCCCACUCUUGGCUGCCUUUGCCUGCUGGCAGCCUGAGCCUGGCUUUCUUGCCACUCUUGAAGGCAUGUCCUGUUGCCCAGCUUCCCCCUCUGCUGCUCUUGUUGCCAAGAUGAGAGUUGGGGUGCUGGAGAGACACACUUCUGAACAUCCCUUCUCUGGGGAGCUUUAAUACAGCAAGUGGAGACUGUCUGGUGUGUGCCUGUGAUGCCCAUGAGUGGAUUUCACAUUACCAACUGGUGACAGAUAGGAUAAGACUUGCUGAGGCCUUCUCUGUGUGUUUUGCUGGGGAUGUGGCCCUGCUUCUGAGUGUGUGUCUGAGUGGCAUAUUGGUGUGCAAGUCUUUGAGGCAGAGUCAAGUCCUUGGGGCAGACUGGCUGGUAGAGCUGACGGUAUAGAUGCUGUUUGCACACCCAUUUGAAUGUUUGGGCUGGCAGGACUCCAGGCUGCUGACCCUUCCUCACUCAGGACUUGCUGCAGCCUCCACCUGCAGAGGCCAUGGGGCCGGAACCCGGCCAGCAGGUGCAGGUGGUCUUUGGCAGUGGGGACACUGUGGAGCUGAGCUGCUACCCGCCUGGAGGUGGCCCUGUGGGCCCCACCGUCUGGGUCAAGGAUGGUGAGGGGCUGGUGUCCUCAGACCGUAUCCUGGUGGGGCCCCAGCAGCUGCAGGUACUGAAUGCCUCCCAUGAAGAUGCCGGGGCCUAUAGCUGCCGGCAGCAGCUCACACAGCGUGUCCUGUGCCGCUUCGGUGUACGUGUGACAGAUGCCCCCUCCUCAGGAGAUGAUGAGGACGGAGAGGAUGUGGCUGAAGACACAGCAGGGGCCCCGUACUGGACUCGGCCCGAGCGGAUGGACAAGAAGCUGCUGGCUGUGCCAGCCGCCAACACUGUGCGGUUCCGCUGCCCGGCUGCUGGCAGCCCCACGCCCUCCAUCUCCUGGCUGAAGAAUGGCAAGGAAUUCCGUGGGGAGCAUCGCAUCGGGGGCAUCAAGCUGCGGCACCAGCAGUGGAGCCUGGUCAUGGAGAGCGUGGUGCCCUCUGACCGCGGCAACUAUACCUGCGUGGUGGAGAACAAGUUUGGCAGCAUCCGGCAGACAUACACACUGGAUGUGCUGGAGCGCUCUCCACACCGGCCCAUCCUGCAGGCAGGGCUGCCAGCCAACCAGACGGCUGUGCUGGGAAGCGACGUGGAAUUCCACUGCAAGGUGUACAGUGAUGCCCAGCCGCACAUCCAGUGGCUAAAGCACGUGGAGGUGAACGGCAGCAAGGUGGGCCCUGAUGGCACACCCUACGUCACAGUGCUCAAGUCCUGGAUCAGUGAGAAUGUGGAGGCAGACGCGCGCCUCCGCCUGGCCAAUGUGUCGGAGCGGGACGGGGGCGAGUACCUCUGUAGAGCCACCAAUUUCAUAGGCGUGGCUGAGAAGGCCUUUUGGCUGCGUGUUCACGGGCCCCGAGCAGCAGAGGAGGAGCUGGCGGAGGUGGACACAGCUGGCAAUGUGUAUGCAGGCAUCUUCAGCUACGGGGUGGGCUUCUUCCUCUUCAUCGUGGUGGUGGCAGCGGUGACGCUGUGCCGCUUGCGCAAUCCCCCCAAGAAGGGCCUGGGCUCCCCCACCGUGCACAAAGUCUCCCGUUUCCCGCUCAAGCGACAGGUAACAGUGUCCUUGGAGUCCAACUCAUCCAUGAACUCCAACACACCGCUGGUUCGCGUCGCCCGGCUGUCCUCAGGAGAGGGCCCCACGCUGGCCAACGUGUCUGAGCUUGAACUGCCAGCCGACCCCAAGUGGGAGCUGUCUCGGUCUCGGCUGACACUGGGCAAGCCUCUCGGGGAGGGCUGCUUCGGCCAGGUGGUCAUGGCGGAGGCCAUCGGCAUCGACAAGGACCGUGCUGCCAAGCCGGUCACUGUGGCCGUGAAGAUGUUGAAAGAUGAUGCCACUGACAAGGACCUUUCGGACCUGGUGUCAGAGAUGGAGAUGAUGAAGAUGAUCGGCAAGCACAAGAACAUCAUCAACCUGUUGGGAGCAUGCACGCAGGGCGGGCCCCUGUACGUGCUAGUGGAGUAUGCUGCCAAAGGCAACCUGCGGGAGUACCUGCGGGCGCGGCGCCCCCCAGGUCUGGACUACUCCUUUGACACCUGCAAGCUGCCUGAGGAACAGCUCACUUUCAAGGACCUGGUGUCCUGUGCCUACCAGGUGGCCCGGGGCAUGGAGUACUUGGCCUCCCAGAAGUGCAUCCACAGGGACCUGGCUGCCCGAAACGUGCUGGUGACUGAAGACAAUGUGAUGAAGAUUGCGGACUUUGGCCUGGCCCGCGACGUGCACAAUCUGGACUACUACAAGAAGACCACCAAUGGCCGGCUGCCUGUGAAGUGGAUGGCACCCGAGGCCCUCUUUGACCGCGUCUAUACCCACCAGAGUGACGUCUGGUCCUUUGGGGUCCUGCUCUGGGAGAUCUUCACCCUGGGGGGCUCCCCGUAUCCUGGCAUCCCCGUGGAGGAGCUUUUCAAACUACUCAAGGAGGGCCACCGCAUGGACAAGCCAGCCAACUGCACGCAGGACUUGUACAUGAUCAUGCGUGAGUGCUGGCAUGCAGUGCCCUCACAGAGGCCCACCUUUAAGCAGCUGGUGGAGGACCUGGACCGUAUCCUCACUGUGACAUCCACUGACGAGUACCUGGACCUGUCGGUGCCUUUCGAGCAGUACUCUCCUGGGGGCCAGGACACACCUAGCUCCAGCUCUUCUGGGGACGAUUCUGUGUUCACACAUGACCUACUGUCCUCGGCCCCGCCUGGCAGUGGGGGCCCUCGGACGUGAAAGGCCACGGCCCUGCAGGCCGAACCCGUCAAUGUGAGCACGAAACCCGGCCCACCCUGCUGCCACUGGGGUGCCGUGGCCUGGGCCUGAGCCUGUGCAGAUGGGCGUACGCAUGGGGGCUGCACAUCUCUGUGUGUGAGGGAGGUCUCCCGCGUGCACGCGCAGUCCCAGGACACCUGUGCUGCUGUAUAACGCCCUUCUGAGUGGCUGGUGCCAAGAGCCGAGGGGCGUUAUUCUGGGGCACAAAUAUAGAAUGUAAAGGGGCCAACUCCAAGGAGAAUCUCGGAGUGGGCUGCAACCCCCCGUCCGCAAGCUGAGCCCACAGGGUAGCCCCUUGUGGUGAGCCCUGCAUCCGCGUGGCACCUUGCACCUGGGGGCGGCGACAGCUCCCUACUUCCAGGUUUCCCUGCUGCCCACCCUCCCCUCAGACUGAAAUUACGGGUACCUGAAGGUGGAAGCCUUUUCCUUCUGUCUGAAAGGUUUAUUCCAGAAACAAGUGUACAUUUCUAUAAAUAGAUGCUGUGCAUAUGGUAUGUAUACAUAUAUAUAAGAGUCUCUAUGUGGGGGAGAUGGCAGUGGGCUGGGUGGGGAGACCCCCAUGCAAGCAAGUGGAGGGGCAAAGGGGCUUUUCUGGCAUCGCAGUUUUGUUUUAAAAAUUGUACCUGGAUUGUAUAUUUGUAAAGCUAUUUAUCAACUCCCGAAACCCUAGUCUCCCCACGUGGGUAAUGUUUAGCCGGCCACACAGCAGAGAUUUAAAUUGUAACUUAUUAACAGCUGACGUUCAUGCUGCGUGCAGAGGGCUUGUGAGAAUGCACAUCUAGCUGCAAGCCGCCUCACAGGCUGUGUGCUGGAGGUGGUCCAGCAAGCAUUUGAUUUCCUUUGGCCUAUUGCAAGGGAAUUAGAUUUGUAGAGGACCUUUCUUUAGAUUUAUUUCUUUGGACUUCAGAGCAAGCUGGCAUUUUCAUAGAUUCUUCUAAUUGCUGUGUACUCUGGGGGAGGGCCGGCGCUGUGUGCAGGUUCAGAUGUUAUUAGAUGUUACAAGUUUAUAUCUUAUCUAUAUAUAUAUAAUUUAUUGAGUUUUUACAAGAUGUAUUUGCUGUAGACUUAACACUUUUUACACAAUGCUUCUAGACUUUUAUAGCCCAGACUGCUACCUUUCAAAACUUGGGAGAGAAAGCCGUGAAUUCGCUUUUAUCCCCUUUUUGUACUGUUCUUGGGCCCACGCUGGGUGGCUAAGUCUUGCCUGUCCGUCAGCUGCUGGCCAGCCAGCAAGGCCAGGGUGGCCACUCAGACCUCUCCUCAGGGCCCAGCCAUGGUGGCCAGUGGUGUUGACCCACACCAGCCAGCGUGACUUUGUGACCCAGAUGUCCUUUCCAAGAAUAAAGAGAUGACUUGUUCCAGC